AUGACUUUUAGAGAUAUUCUUCGUGUGUGUAGUGAGGGCAAUAUAGACAAACCGUUUGGUGGAAAAACUGUAGUUUUUGGUGGUGACUUUAGACAAAUUUUACCUGUUGUUCGUAAAGGGAGUCGACAGAGUGUUGUGAAUGCCACAAUUAAUUCCUCAUAUCUUUGGAGUAGUUGUACAGUAUUAAGGUUAACCAAAAACAUGAGAUUGUUGAGUGUUGAAUCCCCUGUUGAAGCUUCUAAGUUGAAGGAAUUUUCUUCUUGGGUUGCUUCAGUAGGUGAUGGAAUUGUUGGAGGUCCGAAUAAUGGUGAAGUUGUUAUUGAUCUUCCGUCUGAUGUUGUAUUGUAUAAUAAUGGAGAUUCUCUUAAAACCAUUGUUGAGAAGAUUUAUCCUUCUUAUAUGGAUCCUGAGGAGUUGAGCAAUUGUUUGCAUGAUCGUGCUAUACUUGUUCCCACGCUUGAUAUUGUUGAUGAGGUUAACCAGUUCAUGAUCACAUUGGAUCAGUCUCAGGGUCGAGUGUAUUUGAGCUCUGAUAGCAUUUCAGCUUCUGAUUCUACUUUGAAUGGUUCUGCUGACAUACAUUCAGUCGAAUUUUUGAAUAAAUUGAAGUGUCAGGGUGAUCGGAUAAGUAUGAAGAGGCAAUUAGAUAAUCAUGGAGUGACGAUUUCGAAAAUCAACCGUUUGUUGGGAAAUGAGACAAAAGGUAGAGAUCAUUUGAAGAAAUGCUUGUACGUGGUGAACAUGGGCUCCAACGAGUAUGUCAACAACUACUUGUUAUCACCACUUUACCUAACUAGCCUUUUCCAAACUCCACAACAAUUUGCAGAAACAAUCAUCAAUUACUACUCUCAACAACUUAAGAGCUUGUACAACUAUGGAUCAAGGAAAAUAGAUGUUUAUGGGUUGGCUCCACUUGGUUGUAUACCGAAAAAUUUGAAUAAAACUGUAAGCAACGGAUCAAUUUGCAACGACACCAUUAACGAAAUCGUGCAGCCCUUCAACGACCGGUUGAAGCCACUCAUCGACUCCCUGAACGCCGAUCUCCACUGCUCGCAUUUUACCAUGAUCAAUUUCACCAGUCUCAUUACACAAGGCCACAAUUCAACAUUAAGAUUAAAUUUACAAAUGCUUCGUGCUGCACGGUAUCAAAAAUAA